GAUGACCCUAGCUAUUUGAUGCAGCGGGUGACCUCCGACGCCCAGGGCGAGGGAACCCAACAAGGGAAAACUGGAGGAAAGGGCCGCCGCUGAGGCGCACGGACUGGAGAGGGGAGACCCCCGGAGCGCCCGGCACCCCGCCACCAUGUGCGAGCUGUACAGCAAGCAAGACACCCUGGCGCUGAGGAGGAAGCACAUCGGGCCGUCAUGCAAAGUUUUCUUUGCUGCGGAUCCCAUCAAAAUAGUGCGAGCCCAGCGGCAGUACAUGUUUGACGAGAAGGGUGAACAGUACUUGGAUUGCAUCAACAACGUCGCCCAUGUGGGACACUGCCACCCAGAAGUGGUCAAGGCUGCCCAGAGACAGAUGGAACUGCUCAACACAAAUUCUCGAUUCCUCCACGACAACGUUGUCGAGUAUGCCAAGCGCCUGUCAGCAACCCUGCCGGACAAACUCUCUGUUUGCUAUUUUACAAAUUCAGGUUCUGAAGCCAAUGACUUAGCCUUACGCCUGGCUCGGCAGUUCAGAGGCCACCAAGACGUGAUCACUCUUGACCAUGCUUACCAUGGUCACUUAUCAUCUUUAAUUGAGAUCAGUCCAUAUAAAUUUCGCAAGGGCAAAGACGUCAAGAAGGAAUUUGUGCAUGUGGCACCAGCGCCAGAUAUUUACAGAGGGAAAUACAGAGAAGACCAUGCAGACCCGGCCAGCGCUUAUGCAAGUGAAGUGAAGAAGAUUAUUGAUGAGGCUCAUAACAGUGGAAGGAAGAUUGCUGCCUUUAUUGCUGAAUCCAUGCAGAGUUGUGGCGGACAAAUAAUUCCUCCAGCAGGCUACUUCCAGAAAGUGGCAGAAUAUGUACACGGAGCAGGAGGUGUGUUUAUAGCGGAUGAAGUUCAGGUAGGCUUUGGCCGAGUUGGGAGACAUUUCUGGAGCUUCCAGAUGCUUGGUGAAGACUUUGUUCCAGACAUCGUCACAAUGGGAAAACCCAUGGGCAAUGGCCACCCAAUGGCAUGUGUGGUAACAACCAAAGAAAUCGCAGAAGCCUUCAGCAACUCUGGGAUGGAGUAUUUCAAUACGUAUGGAGGAAAUCCAGUAUCUUCUGCUGUUGGUUUGGCCGUCCUGGAUGUAAUUGAAAAUGAAGACCUUCAAGGAAACGCCACAAGAGUAGGGAAUUAUCUUACUGAGUUACUGAAUAAACAGAAGGCCAAGCACACUUUGAUAGGAGAUGUCAGGGGUGUUGGCCUUUUUAUCGGAAUUGACUUAGUGAAGGACCACCAGAAAAGGACCCCCGCCACAGCCGAAGCUCAACACAUCAUCUACAAGAUGAAAGAAAAGCGAGUGCUUCUCAGUGCUGACGGACCUUAUAGAAACGUGCUUAAAAUAAAACCACCUAUGUGCUUCACUGAAGAAGAUGCCAAGUUUAUGGUGGACCAUCUUGAUGGAAUUCUAACAGGUUUAGAAGAAGCCAUCAGAGAUAAAACUGAGAGUGUGAUCACUGAGAAUACUCCAUGCAGAACCAAGAUGUCUGACGAAGCACACUUGGAAUCGCUCAGCGAUGGCAUCCUGGACCCCAAAGAAAAUCCCAGCAGAAAGAGAAAUGGAUUGUGCACAGAUAAACAUUCUCUGCUCAGUAAGAGGCUCAAGACAUGAGAGGAUGCAAUGUGCAGAGACAUAAAUGAGCAGAGUUACAGAGAAUGAAUGGAAGGGUCCCUUCUGUUAAUAGCUCUCUUGAACCCUCUAAAGGAAGAAUUUGCAUUCCACUCAGAUGUGUAAAUAAAAAGGUGAACGAGUAAUAAGAAUAACCCAAAUGAUAAUCAAACCAUGUCAAGAUUAUUAGUUCAGCCUCUAGCCUAAUUCCUGAGCUGAGAUUCCUGAAAGUACUUUGUUUAUUCUACUAAAUUUCAGCGUCACAUUGAAUGUUGACUUAAUGUUGGCAGUUUUACUUCUCAUGUUUGAAUGUAAAAAGCAAAGUACAGUAGGUUCCUGAACUUGGAAGAGUUAGUGCCAUAAGAUAUGAAUUCUUUAAUGAUUUAAUUUAUACAUAUUUAUGGACUGUAAUAAAAUAGAAGGUGAUGUAAACCAAAAAAAUUUUACUAGAAAAGUGUUUUCUCUUGCAGAGAAUAUUAGGGUUGGAGUGGCAAAAUCAAAGCCAUUUGGGAAAAAUCACAUGCAGCAAAUAUGAAGAAGUGUGUGAAUAAUUUGGGCUUCUGUUGGGGAACGAGGUUACUCAUGGUCCUGCAGGGACUGGGGCUGGGGGUGGGGGGAGGGAACAGGAAUAUACCCAGAAACACUCAAACAUGCGGCUGGAGCAGCAGCAGGAGCCAAAGCACCGUUCAGUCAGGAGACCUGGGUUCUGGCUACUCAAGACGGUGUCGCCUUGCCAAGUCACUUACCAUCUUCCUCUUCUCAUCGAGUUGAUCGCCUGUGCACCCCGCUCACACACACACAGAUACACACAUUUCUAGCCAGAGAUUGGCAAAGGGAAGUGAGGAAGCCUGAACGGUACGAGCCUGUCAUUAAACGUGCUGGUUCCACGAAACAUCCACUUGGCGGAAGAAAGUGGAAGAAAUUUGACUUUCUUGACUUUCCAUUAUCUCUGUUGCUCUCCUAAUAGUUAUUAAACUUUGUGUUUUGGUUUUUGUUCUGUAAAAAAAAGAAAUAAUUUUGCUGUGGCUGUUUCAUUAUAGCUGAGAAAGAUGUUGGGAAGAAAAUUAAACGUAAAAAGCUGU